AUGGCGUUUUCAAGAUUGUUUCUUCAGCCUGUAGCUCGCAUGCCUUUUAGGCUUUGUCAACGACGUCUCGCGAGCACAAAGCCGAACCCAAAACAUGUCUAUUCAGAUGGUAACCUUGGCGGUCCUGGAGGUCAACAACCUCCACCUCAAGCACCAGGCGGCCCAGAAGUCCUCAAGAGGAAUUGGCCACCCAUCGCUGCAGCAGCUGGCGUACUAGCAGGAGGUUUUUGGAUCAUGCUUCCUAGGAAAGGAAAUCCACCCGAGAUGACGCUGCAGUCUUAUAAGGACCUGAAGGAUCUUGACAGCCCCGAGGGACUGAAGGAGCUCAGUGGACGAAAGCCGAAUUCGCUGGGUGGUUUCAGAGCUGACUGA